AUGAGUACUCAAAGAGCUCGUUCAUUUACGCACAAGCUUGCCAGUAUUACUUCAGAAGCAACAUGUCUUUUCCAACACUGUAACAUUACCUCUCGUCAGCCUUUUUUAAAAACUAGUCAUCUACAGCCGCAACUUUGUCAAAAUUAUGAGCAAUGGAUUCAACUAAACAAGGAGACUUUACCAGCAUCCAUUCUAAAUUCAAAUCUUACUCAACUAAAUAAAGCAACAACUCAGGCUAUAAGAAUCCUUAACGCAGAUCCUACUAUUGCUUUUCGGUUUGCCCAUACAAUACCAAAGAGAUAUUUUCAACGUCGAACGUUAUUUACGAAUACAAGCAAUCGUUUUAUUAACUACCGUCAUUUAAAUAGAAUAGAACAAGAAGCCAAUGCUUCUCCAACAGAUGCUUUAAAACAGGCAACAUUAUACAAGGAAUGGUUUAGGGUGAAUAAUACGAAGGCAAUUAUCAAUCGUUUUGAAAAAGGAAACUUUACACAUAAUGAUGAAAGUUUGAAAUAUUAUAUUGCAGCUGUAGCACGUACGAUAAAAGCAGAAGAAGUACUACCAAAAAUUUUACAAAAAUUAGAAGAAUUAGGAUAUGCGGUCAUAAAGAAAGCAGAGAGUUCUUCUGAGGUAAACAAGUUAACAAAGGAUAUUGUCCAACAAGUAAUUGCUAGUCGUCAAGGAGGCGUAGUGAAUAAAGUGAUAGAAGGAGGAACAGGUCAGAAAUCCAAUCCAAUUUAUGUUGUAGUUGAGGAAGCACGUAAAUAUAUGUUCUGGAAAGCACUUCGAUGGGUAGGAGUGACAUUGACGUAUGCCUUUUGUAUUUUGACAAUUCUAUCCCUUGCAUUGGAGAACUCUGGGUUAUUAAAGACAACGAAUCCACAGAAUGAAUAUGAGCCCGUCACUCAGACCACAGUUCGAUUUGAGGAUGUACAAGGUGUAGAUGAAGCAAAACAAGAAUUAGAAGAAAUUGUUGAAUUCUUAAAGAAUCCUCAUCGAUUUACUGAAUUAGGUGGUAAAUUACCAAAGGGUGUCCUUUUAACAGGUCCCCCUGGUACGGGUAAAACCAUGUUGGCACGAGCUGUGGCUGGUGAAGCCAAUGUACCCUUUUUCUUUAUGAGUGGUAGUGAAUUUGAUGAAAUGUAUGUGGGUGUAGGCGCAAGAAGAAUUCGAGAAUUAUUUGCUGCUGCGAGAGCAAAGGCACCUAGUAUUGUAUUUAUUGAUGAAAUUGAUGCCAUUGGAUCUAAAAGAAAUCCUAAAGAUCAAUCUUACAUGAAACAAACAUUAAAUCAAUUACUAGUUGAUCUGGAUGGAUUUUCUCAAACAGAGGGUGUCAUUUUCAUUGCUGCAACAAAUUUCCCUGAAUUAUUAGAUAAAGCAUUAGUUCGACCUGGACGAUUUGAUAGAACAGUUAAUGUUCCAUUACCUGAUGUGAGAGGAAGAGUAGAGAUUUUGAAACAUCACAUGAAGAAAGUGCAUGUAGCCAAUGAUGUCGAUGUCACUGUAGUAGCCAGAGGUACAUCUGGUUUUAGUGGAGCUGAUUUAGCUAACCUGGUCAAUCAAGCUGCUAUUCAAGCAAGUCGUGAAAAUAGUAAAGAAGUUACUUUAAGUCAUUUAGAGUACUCUAAAGAUAAAAUUAUUAUGGGAGCUGAGCGUAAAUCGGCUGUGAUUACAGAAGAGAACAAAAGAUUAACUGCUUAUCAUGAAGGAGGACAUGCACUUGUUGCUUAUUAUACUCCUGGUGCGAUGCCCUUACAUAAAGCCACCAUUAUGCCAAGAGGUGCUGCAUUAGGUAUGACAGUUCAAUUACCAGAAAUGGACAAGGAUUCAUAUACCAAAAAGGAGUUUACUGCUAUGAUUGAUGUUUGUAUGGGAGGUAGAGUAGCAGAAGAAUUGAUCUUUGGUCAAGAAAACGUAACAAGUGGAUCUAGUAAUGAUAUUAUGAAGGCCACAAAUAUUGCUAAACGUAUGGUUCGUUAUUAUGGUAUGAGUGAUAAAGUGGGACCGGUUAAUCAUGAUGAUGAUGAUAUGCAAAUACUAAGUGCAGAUACAAAGAAAUUAAUUGAAAGUGAAAUAGUUGAAUUUAUUGAAGCAGCAGAAAGAAGAGCCAAACAGAUUUUAAUAGAGCAUCGUGAAGAAUUAGACAGAUUAGCCAAUGCUUUAGUAGAAUAUGAGACCUUGGAUUAUCAAGAGAUUAUAGAUAUUUUGGCUGGUAAACCAUUAUCAAGGCCAAAAUAA